AAACUUGCACCUAAAUAAAAUCCAAAAAAAUCUGUGGGGAGACUGAUAAAUCAUUUAGAUUGCUUCUGUCAGAAUGAUUUCUGUGGGCUGAUUAAGAAAGUGCCUGAUUGCAGUGGAUUGCAGAGAGCCUAAGACCAAAGAAAAUUAAGGCAGCAAGUGUACUAUAUUUGUGAUUUUGGCUCUCAUGGCAAGGGGAAAGCUGUAAGGUCCUCCGUGAUCCUCUGCCUCACCCCAAAUACACACAUUUUUAACUACUUGUAAAUAUCCUAACAUAGUACUUCUCAACCUAGGCUAUGUAUAUUCCUCAGCCUGAGAAGCUUUUUAUUUUAGUUUUUUCUUUAAUGCCUGACCCACCCUUUACUUCAUGAAUUAGAUCUUUUUACUGUAGGUAUUGGUGUUAAUAGAAAGUGCCUCAAGCAAUUCUGAUACAGGUAUCCCCCACUUUUCGAAACUUCGUUUUCUGCCACUUUUGCUUCUAACUGAAAGAAAUCUGAAGAGGAUUUUCCCUUUUAUGAAAAAAGCGGAAAUAGUGUUCAACGUUUGUUUUGCAGCAAGUUGUUAAAGAGGCAGCCUGCACCCCAAGCUACGAGAGUGGUAUCGCCAAGCUCCUUCCCCAGGAACUACACUCAGCAGUCCAGCUUUUACUAUAUGUUAGUGCUGUUUUAGAUUUCAUGUGUUAUUUAGUAUGAUUUGGUAGGUUAUUUUUGAGUCUGGGAACGCUCAAAGAUUUUUCCCGUAUAAAUUAAUGGAAAUUGCUUCUUCGCUUUAUGCCAUUUUGGCUUAUGAAAGGUUUCAAAGGAAUGCCUACUUUUGGAUAGCGGGAGAAACCUGUACAUAUAGAGAGGUAAGAACCGUUGUCUGUUGUGCCACAUUCUUUCCUAUUUCUGUGCUCUGUGUAGGUCAGAAGAGUGUGGUGCCGGAUUUAUUGCCCUGGAAUUUUGCAUUUGAAUAAGCCUUCUUCAAAUCUGGGCUCCAACACUGAGAAUAUGAGUGACCAUAGGACUUAAAUGCUAUUUAUUCUUAUCUUCACGGAAUGGAGAUAUUAUCAAAUCUCAGGGAACAUCAGCUUAGACUGAUGUCUGCAAGAGCACGAUACGAAAGAUAUAGUGGCAAUCAAAUUCUGUUUUGUUCAGAAACGAUUGCCAGAUGUUGGUAUAUCCUACUUUCUGGAUCUGUGCUUAUGAAAGACUCCAUGGUCUUGCCUCCAUGCAGUUUUGGUAAGCAGUUCGGAGGAAAAAGAGGAUGUGAUUGUCUUGUAUUAGAGCCUUCAGAAAUGAUUGUGGUGGAAAAUUCCAAAGAUAAUGAAGAAAGUAUUCUACAAAGAGAAAUUCCUGCCAGACAGUCUAGACGAAGGUUUCGGAAAAUUAACUAUAAAGGAGAGCGCCAAACCAUCACUGAUGAUGUGGACAUUAACAGCUAUCUCUCUCUUCCGGCUGAUCUUACCAAGAUGCACCUCACAGACAGCCCUCAUCCACAGGUGACUCAUGUGUCUUCUAGUCAGUCUGGUUGUAGUAUCGCCAGUGACUCUGGGAGCAGCAGUUUAUCUGAUAUCUAUCAGGCUACAGAGAGUGAGGUAGGAGAUGUAGAUUUGACACGUCUUCCAGAAGGACCUGUUGAUUCUGAGGAUGAGGAAGAGGAAGAUGAAGAGAUUGAUCGAACAGAUCCAUUGCAGGGUCGAGAUCUUGUUCGAGAGUGUCUUGAAAAAGAACCUGCAGACAAAACUGAUGAUGACAUUGAACAAUUAUUGGAGUUUAUGCAUCAGCUCCCUGCUUUUGCAAACAUGACCAUGUCUGUAAGGAGAGAACUCUGCUCAGUGAUGAUCUUUGAAGUGGUAGAGCAGGCUGGAGCUAUUAUUCUUGAAGAUGGGGAAGAGCUUGACUCAUGGUAUGUUAUUUUAAACGGCACUGUAGAAAUCAGUCAUCCAGAUGGAAAAAUUGAAAAUCUCUUUAUGGGAAAUAGUUUUGGAAUUACUCCCUCUCUGGAUAAGCAGUACAUGCAUGGAGUUGUCAGGACUAAAGUAGAUGAUUGUCAGUUCGUCUGCAUAGCUCAGCAGGAUUAUUGGAGAAUUUUAAAUCACGUGGAAAAAAAUACUCAUAAAGUUGAAGAAGAGGGAGAGAUUGUUAUGGUGCAUGAGCACCGAGAACUAGACCGGAGUGGAACCAGAAAAGGACACAUUGUAAUCAAGGCAACACCUGAGCGUCUCAUCAUGCAUUUAAUAGAAGAACAUUCCAUUGUGGACCCAACUUACAUAGAAGACUUCCUAUUAACUUAUAGGACAUUUCUUGAAAGUCCUUUGGAUGUUGGGAUCAAACUGUUGGAAUGGUUUAAAAUUGACAGCUUAAGGGAUAAGGUGACACGAAUCGUACUAUUAUGGGUAAAUAAUCAUUUUAAUGAUUUUGAAGGUGAUCCUGCUAUGACUCGAUUUCUGGAGGAAUUUGAAAAGAAUCUGGAAGAUACAAAAAUGAAUGGUCAUCUCCGGUUAUUAAAUAUUGCCUGUGCUGCAAAGGCUAAGUGGAGACAAGUUGUGCUGCAAAAGGCUUCCAGGGAUUCCCCUCUGCAUUUCAGCCUUAAUGGAGGAAGUGAAAAGGGAUUUGGUAUUUUUGUUGAGGGAGUAGAACCUGGUAGCAAAGCUGCAGAUGCAGGAUUGAAACGUGGUGAUCAGAUAAUGGAAGUAAAUGGACAAAACUUUGAGAACAUUACAUUUGUGAAGGCACUUGAAAUUUUGAGGAAUAAUACUCAUCUUGCGCUUACUGUAAAGACCAACAUUUUUGUGUUCAAGGAAUUACUUAGUAGGACUGAGCAGGAAAAAGCUGGUGUUCCUCAUAUUCCCAAAAUUGCUGAAAAAAAAAGUAAUCGCCAUUCAAUCCAGGAUGUACCAGGAGAUAUUGAGCAGACAUCACAGGAGAAAGGAAAUAAGAAAGUUAAAGCAAAUACUGUUUCAGGUGGAAGAAACAAAAUCAGGAAAAUUUUGGAUAAAACACGAUUUAGUAUCUUGCCUCCAAAACUGUUUAGUGAUGGAGGCCUGAGCCAGUCACAGGAUGACAGCAUUGUGGGGACAAGACAUUGUAGGCACAGUCUGGCUAUAAUGCCAAUUCCUGGAACACUCUCAUCCAGCAGCCCAGAUCUCCUGCAGCCUACCACCAGCAUGUUGGAUUUCUCUAAUCCUUCAGAUAUUCCUGAUCAAGUUAUAAAAGUUUUCAAAGCAGAUCAACAAAGUUGCUACAUUAUCAUCAGUAAAGACACUACAGCUAAAGAAGUAGUCUGUCAUGCUGUUCAUGAGUUUGGUUUGACUGGUGCAUCGGACACAUAUUCUCUCUGUGAAGUUUCUGUUACUCCUGAGGGCGUCAUAAAACAGAGAAGACUUCCGGACCAGUUCUCCAAAUUAGCUGAUAGGAUUCAGCUUAAUGGAAGGUAUUAUUUAAAGAAUAACAUGGAAACAGAAACGUUAUGCUCAGAUGAAGAUGCACAGGAACUAGUUAAGGAAAGCCAACUAUCCAUGCUGCAGCUGAGUACCAUUGAGAUGGCCACCCAGCUAUCAAUGAGAGACUUCGAUUUGUUUAGAAAUAUUGAGCCUACUGAAUACAUUGACGACCUUUUUAAGUUGGAUUCCAAAACAGGAAAUACUCACUUGAAAGAGUUUGAGGACAUUGUAAACCAAGAAACAUUUUGGGUUGCCUCAGAAAUUUUAACUGAAUCAAAUCAGCUCAAACGAAUGAAGAUUAUUAAACUUUUCAUUAAAAUUGCACUUCACUGUCGAGAAUGUAAGAACUUCAAUUCCAUGUUUGCAAUAAUAAGUGGCUUGAACCUGGCACCUGUAGCACGACUAAGAGGUACUUGGGAAAAGUUACCAAACAAGUAUGAGAAACACCUUCAAGACCUACAAGACCUUUUUGAUCCAUCUAGAAACAUGGCAAAGUAUAGAAAUAUUCUUAGUAGUCAGAGUAUGCAGCCUCCAAUUAUUCCACUCUUCCCUGUUGUCAAGAAGGAUAUGACAUUUCUACAUGAAGGAAAUGACUCCAAAGUAGAUGGUUUAGUAAACUUUGAGAAGCUAAGAAUGAUUGCCAAGGAAAUUCGUCAGGUUGUUCGAAUGACUUCUGCUAACAUGGACCCAGCUAUGAUGUUCCGACAGAGGUCACUGAGUCAAGGCAGCACAAACUCAAACAUGCUGGAUGUUCAGGGAGGUGCUCACAAAAAAAGGGCACGCCGCAGCUCCCUGCUUAAUGCCAAGAAGCUGUAUGAGGAUGCUCAAAUGGCAAGGAAAGUGAAGCAGUAUCUUUCUAGUCUGGCUGUGGAAACAGAUGAGGAGAAGUUCCAGAUAAUGUCAUUACAGUGGGAGCCUGCAUAUGGCACCUUGACCAAGAAUAUAAGUGAGAAAAAGUCAGCCAAAUCAUCAGAAAUGUCUCCAGCACCUAUGAGGUCAGCGGGCCAAACAGCCAAAGCCCACCUGCAUCAGCCCCACAGAGUGAGCCAAGUGCUUCAGGUGCCAGCUGUUAAUUUGCACCCCAUCAGGAAGAAGGGCCAAACAAAAGACCCUAUCACACUGAGUACAGGUUUACCUCAGAAAGUAUCAGGAACAACUGAAGAAAUAAGUGGUAAGAAAUACACAGAAGACACUAUUUCUGUGGCAUCAUCCUUACAUUCUAGUCCUCCUGCUUCUCCGCAAGGUUCCCCUCACAAAGGUUAUACGCUUAUACCAUCAGCUAAAUCUGACAACUUGUCUGACUCCAGUCAUAGCGAGAUUUCUUCACGGUCCAGCAUCGUGAGCAAUUGUUCUGUUGACUCCAUGUCUACAGCCCUGCAGGAUGAACGGUGUUCCUUACAGGCUCUGGCAGUCCCUGAAUCCACUGGGGCAUUGGAAAAGACAGAGCAGCCCUCGGGGAUAGGAGACCACAGCCAGCUUGGCCCUGGGUGGACACUCUCGAAGCCAUCUCUGAUCAGGGGUUUAGCUGUCUCAUCUUCUAUGAGCAGUGAAGAGAUUUCUCAUGAGCAUAUCAUUAUAGAAGCAGCUGACAGUGGUCGUGGAAGUUGGACUUCCUGUUCAAGCAGCUCCCAUGAUAAUUUCCAAAACCUUCCAAACCCAAAAAGCUGGGAUUUUUUGAAUUCCUAUCGACAUACCCAUUUGGAUGGCCCCAUUGCUGAAGUUGAACCCACCGACUGUGAACCUACUCCUGUAGGCUACUCUAGAACUUGUGGUCAUUGUAAAGGAAGCGUAGAGACAAAUCAGUUGAGACAGAGUUGGGCCUCCUCCAGUUCUCUGUCUGACACAUAUGAACCGAACUAUGGGACAGUUAAACGGAGAGUGUCAGAGAACACCCCAGCUGAGCCAUCUGAAGGCAUGGAUGCCAAGGAUAGCACUGACCCAGUUUACAAAACUGUCACUUCAAGUACAGAAAAGGGCUUAAUUGUGUACUGUGUCACCUCACCCAAGAAGGACAACAGGUAUAGGGAGCCACCUCCCACUCCUCCAGGAUACAUGGGGAUUUCUUUAGCGGACCUAAAGGAAGGACCCCACCCGCACCUAAAACCUCCAGAUUAUAGUGUGGCAGUGCAGAGGUCAAAGAUGAUGCAUAGCAGCCUCCCUAGACUGCUACCAGCUCCUCUAAGUAGCAGCCCCAUGGCCUGUGUUCCAUCGAAGAUUGUAACUCAGCCUCAGAGGCACAAUUUGCAGCCCUGCCAUCCUAAACUAGCAGAUGUGACUGACGCAGAUAGUGAAGCAGAUGAAGAUGAACAGGUUUCAGCAGUCUAGCCAUUGGCUGGCCCAUUUGAAGAUCACUGAAAGUCAUUGAGGGAUGGACAGAACCACCCUGUAAUUCUGCAAGCCAUUGCCAGCAAGCAGUUCGCUGCCACUCCUCGCCUGGACUCUGAGCAGUGAGACCAACCUGCCUGAGUCAUGCUUUCUUUUCAUUUAAUCCCUGCAGAUGCAUAGCCUUUCCUCAGCUGUUGAUGCUGUGCCAGGACAUCUGUCUCCACUUUGCACACCAGACCUGCCUUGGGACCACAAUUACUAGAACAAAUUCAAAGUCAUCCAGAUGCAUAUCACUAUAGAUUUUCCUUUAACAAGUUAUUUUAAGUUAGUAGUAGUAUUGUAAUUUCUGUGCCAUAGCUUGGGCUAAUGGAUGCAUUCAAGAUGUCUUCCAAUACCAAGGAAAUUCUUGUGUAUUUGAAGAUUAACUUAUUUGAAGUUCUAUGGUAUUUUUUAUAUUUGGGAGCUCUGGUUAGCAGAUGUGUAUAUUUGAGGCCAUCAAAUUGUCUCUGCGCUGACCAAACAGAAGUCAUUGUCUUUACAGAAAUGAUUUGCUGUAACUUGGGUUGUACCAGUGCGAUUUAGGGUCUCAGUGUGAGUGGAACGGGAAGCCUUUUGAGGUUAACGUGUUAGGAACAAAAAUAUUGCCAUCUCCUGGUCACAGUUUGGAAGGCUACAUGAAGCUGACAUUUUCUUGUCAGUCCUUUGGGAAAAGGGGGUAGGAUUGGUAUGUGUAGCAACUCUUGAUUUCAAACAAUGAAAUUUUGGUGUUAAAUGACAUAUACACAUUCCUCUCUGAAGUGAAAGUCAUGCUACAUCUAAUUGUAAUGAGAAGUAUAAAUCCAGCAAAUAGAGUGUGGGUUCUAGAGAGUUAUUUUUCUACUCUAUAGAAAUCCAAAACUAAAAUUUUUCACUACUCCAGUAUAGAGUUCGUUUUUUUAGCAAAGUAUAAUCACAGAGAGGUGUGCUAAUCAUGAAGAUGAAUUUGGUUUCGUGCAGUGUUCUGCAACAUACCACCCCCACAUCUCACAGCACCAGGCUGUGUCCAUCUUAAUAAACCCUGCAGCUCUCAGCUGCCCGCAGUAAAGCUUUUUAGCCUACAAAAGUAUAUAAUUGGUGGGAAAUUCUGUGAGAGAAAGAGGAGCUAGAUUUAUAGAAAUGAUUAUUUCUUGUUUCUCAGGUUAGCCCUUGAGGACAUACCUUAACAGCCUGUUUGGCAUGGAUCUCUAAAAUAUUUAAUUAACAUUUUAGUGACUGUUACCUGGAUGAGAUAGAUUUUUCACAUUUUUUUAAAAUUAAAGACAAUGUUUUUUAUAUCUUAAGUUUAAAGUUUUUUAGUUGUUUUUUAGUGUAGAGCUAAGUGAAGUUUUAAUAAACUUCUGUUACUACCAAAAAAAAGCCAAAGCCAUUAAUAUGCACUACCCAGAUCAACUUGGAGCCAAAAUGGGUUUUCUUCUGAAAAGUUGUCCAUAUGUGACCAUAUAAGAUUUAGUUGGUUCAUGGAUUCCUCUUCAGAAGUUUGUUCUUUUUUCCUAGCUGUCUCUUCCCUCUCUUUCUCUAUAUCCCUACCUGUCCCCUUCAUUUUAAAAUUAUAAAUCAAUUCAAAGUGUUAAAUGAGUUAAAUGAUAUGUAGUAGUUCAUCUUUUCCAUCAAAAUGAUUGUCUCUUCACUUUAGGAAAAAUAGCAUGUUUAAAAGAAAUCCCCCUGGAAAAAAAUGAAAACAUUAAUCUGAAAUUUAAGCCUUAGAAAUUAACCCAGGUGUAUUACGGUGAGGCUAGGUAGCUCCAUAGCUUUCUUAGUCCAUUGAAAUGGAAAAGUAGCAUGGAUUGUAAGUCCUGGUUUGAGAGUCACGCUGUAGUGAUCUGGCCUAUAAACAGUGGUCCUCUGAUCACAGAGCUAUGUCUUUUGGCUGAAAGUGAAAGAUAUUUUUGCUAUAAUCACCUUUUUAUCAAGUUUGAGUAUCAAUUCUCACCAUUUUAUAUCCAUUACCCCAGAAAAAAUGGGCAGUUUGCACAGUGUCUGUUUAUUUAGCAGGUCUUUCAAAUCCAGUGAAAGCCUUACUCAUCUUUGUCCUUAGUGGUGUAAAAAAUAUCUUGCACAGAGAGUUGAGGCCUGUGGUUUUGGACUUGCACCUUAUAGCUGCCUUUGUUUUAUCUAGCUUUAACUGUGUUUGAAUCAGCUGAUCACAUUGAUCAGAAACUUAAGCCAAAUGCUUUCUCGUUUGAUAUGUAUAUAUCCCUUAAAAAAUAGUGAGGUUUUGAUUUUCAUAUUAUUUGAAUGAAGGGUACAUAGAAGCCCGGACCAGUAUUUGCUCCAACUCCAAAUUCCCUGUUAGUUUUUGCUUUUAUUUUAUAAAUGUGUAACUUUACUGGAGAGACUAGUGCUCUCUCAUCCCACCACAACCCUGAAAGCUGUCAGGACUAUUGAAGCAGUAAACCCUGAAGGCAAAUUUUUGCCAAAUAGUGAGUUUCAACAAAACAGUCUCUUCAUAGUGAAAGAUUUGAAGAAUUAGUAAAUCCAAUACAUGCUUCCACAGAAAUUUGUCGUAGGUAAUAGUUAACUAAUUUCUUCCAAAUGAUUGCUUUCAAUGUGAUAUUUAUCUGGGAGAAAAAGCCUUUAAUGGUUUUUCUUGAGAGACUUAAGUCACAUCAUUGUCAUCUGCAUCACCUGCUUGAGAAUCUCUCGCAGGCUGGAAACAUGGCAGUUGAUCAUGAAGCUUUCCAAAAACAAGCCUGCUUUUUAUAAUGUGUUCUUUCCCCUAGGGAAAGAAGGGAGAGAAAAAGUUUCCUUGUAUAUUUAAAACAAUGGUUGUUAUUCUGAUACAAUUUUAAGUUUCUAAACAGUGUGCUGUUAAAGUAGAUGUAUCCCUUUGGCAUUACCUUAAAGGUUGGAAAAAAAGGGAGAAAUCUUCAGAACAGUGUCACAGAACAUAUUUAAACUUGAAUCCCAGUUCAUCUUUAGCUUUUGUGUGUGUGUGUGUUUUUUUAAGGCUUCUUUAUUUUUGAUACACAGAAUGCAGUUGAUCUUUUAAAAUCAAAAGGCGAGCUUAUCUGCAAAAGACAAGCUUAUCAGCAAAAGAGAAAAACCAAACUGCACAGUUGUAAUGAUUAAAUAGCAAUUAUACUGCACAAUUCAGUGAUUGUAAAGUAUCCUGUAACAAGCAAUGUUUGUCUCCUAUUUUUUGAUACCUCUUUAAACUUAUGUCUUUUAGAAAGACAGUGCCUCUGUAUGCUUUUUGUAUUUUUACUGAGUGUAAAUAUUUGUUAUAUUUUUGGUUAAGAGAAUGUAAAAGUACCGUUUAUUAUUAUCAUAUCUACUAAUACAUUGGUGGAAUCAAUAAAGAAUCUACGUUAAACAUCUUUGCACUUUAUUGUGAGUGUUUGGAGGCAGAUGGAAUAAUUAUAGUGAAUAUCCAUGAAGGCUAGUCUGGGACAAGUGUCAGAUGUGAAGGCCUUGUUUUUAACUGUCUUCAGAGAAAUUGGAGCAGUCUAAUUAUUACUAACCAUAUGAAGUCUGUCAAACACCUAGCUGUUGUUUAGGUUAAAAAAAAUUGUCUUUGCAAACCAAAUCACUGGUUUAAACCCCACUGGGGCUUGUUUUUCUCCUGUGACAGGAAGUCCAUAGCUGACUGUCCAGGGCUGAUGCUGCAACUCCAGUGUCGUCAGGGACAGGGGCCUGACCUUCACACCUCUGGGCAUCACCUCAGUGUUUCGGACAAGAAGGAGAAGGAAGGGUUUAGGGGAAAAGGUGCAAAUUUGUGACCCUUUUUAUUAAAAAAACAACAGCCUUUCCAGAAGGCUCCACUUGCAUAUUUCCCCUAACAUCCCAUUAGUUGGAAAUGUACAAGGGUACUUAGGAAAUCAACUUUUUUAGCUGAGCAAUCAAUGCUCCAAACAAAAUUGGGAUUCUUUUCAAUAAAGAAGGAAAGAAUGGAUAUUGGAUAGGCAGCUAGCUGGGUCUACCGCAGCAUGCGUGUUGUUUCUCCUUUGGGAUGCAGCCAUGUCUCUCAGGGGAUCAGAUCCCAGGGCCCUUGGCAACAUAGGAAGAAAUUCUGCUUUAGCACCCCUUUCUAAAAUCUUCCAACCUCCCCUCUGUACCCAAAGAAGAUUACUCCCGUGAUAGCUAAGGCUUCUACCUUUUCCCAGUUCACCCUUCCAAACACACCAGAUUUUCCCAGGCCAAUCUUUCCUAUGGCCCCUUGGUCAUUCCCUACAGUCAGUUGACUGAGGAAGAGAAAACAACAGUGGUGGGGGCCCCGCUUUUGUUUGUUUCUUGGGGAUCACUAUCCUCCAUUACCUGAUGUCCAGUGUCCUCAGGGCCUUUGUUUUACAAAUUGUGUGGUUUUUUUAGUUGCUUCAGACAGGAGGGUUACGAAGUUGACCUUUUAUCUUGACCAUAAGCAGAAGCCCGUAUAUAAAAUUUUACUACAACUUUCUUAGUAAACGAUAGAACAAGCUGACCAAAAAA